AUGGACAGUCCCGUAGCAGUAGUCACAGGCGCCUCCUCAGGCAUUGGUCUUGCUCUGACCCAACAUCUCCUCGAGAAGGGCUGGUACGUCGUCCUCAUGGACGUCAACGCCCCGCCAUCCAGUGCCGCACUCCCCUCGGACUGCACGCUCUAUAUCCGCACCGACGUGUCCUCGUACGCUAGCCAGGCGGCCGCCUUCGCGAGUGCGCAUGCCUGGCGACAGCGGCUCGACUUUGCCGCUCUCAAUGCCGGCAUUGACGACCGCGAUGACAUCUUCAAUACCAUAUCCGAGGAUGCUGCACGCCCACCUCCCGAGCCGAACAUGGCCACCUUCCAUGUCAACCUCCUUGGCGUAUAUUACGGCGUCAAGCUCUUUGCGCACUACACCUCUCUGCCCUCGACCCAGUCCAGCAAAGGUAGCCCUGGCGGGGACAUCAUUGUCACUGCUUCCGCGGCCGGCAUCUACCCACUGCCAGCGAUCCCGCAGUAUGCGGCCACGAAGCAUGCUUUAGUCGGAUUGGUGCGGUCCUUGGCGCCAACGGCACAAGAGAAAGGCUUCACAGUCAACGCCAUCUGCCCGGACAUGGUGCCCACAGGGCUAGCGCCACCAGGGCUCAUGAAGGAGUAUCCGGAAGCCUUGAAGACGCCCAUGGCGACGAUGAUGCGGGCGUACGACGAGCUACUCGGCCUGGACGGCAGCAGCAAUAAGAACGGGGCAGUCGUCGAAGCCGUCAUGGACGACGUGAUUUACCGGGAGGCCCCCACGAGGAACAAGAAGCACAGCGAGGUGGGCGACGACAUUGCAAAACUCUGGGACCAGGUGUACCGGCAGCGCAACAUAGCGUUUUCGCAAAAAGCAGCGGAAACGGGGGGCGCCAAGCUAUGA